GUUUGAAUCAACAAAGAGCAAAGAGUUCAUAGCAAAGCAAAACUUUGAAACAGAGCAAACGCAAAUAGUAACCACAAGAGGAAGUGAAACGAUGUCUCUAAUUCCAAGCAUCUUCGGAGGAAGAAGAACGAACGUUUUCGAUCCAUUCUCUCUAGACGUAUGGGAUCCAUUCGAAGGAUUCUUGACGCCGUCAGGAUUGGCAAACGCACCGGCUAAGGAUGUGGCAGCGUUCACUAACGCCAAAGUUGAUUGGAAGGAGACACCUGAGGCGCACGUGUUCAAGGCGGACUUACCGGGGCUAAAGAAAGAAGAGGUGAAGGUGGAGGUUGAAGAUGGCAACAUCCUUCAGAUAAGCGGAGAGAGGAGCAAUGAGAAUGAAGAGAAGAAUGACAAGUGGCACCGUGUGGAGCGGUCUAGUGGGAAGUUCAUGAGGAGGUUUAAGCUACCGGAGAAUGCGAAGAUGGAAGAAAUCAAGGCCAGUAUGGAGAAUGGUGUGUUGUCGGUUACCGUGCCUAAAGUGCCAGAGAAGAAGCCUGAGGUUAAGUCCAUUGAUAUCUCCGGUUAAAGGUGAAUGUUUAAGACCAAAAAAUGUGUGAUUGUAGUGAAAUAAUUGGUGUGUGUGAUUUUCCUGUAAUCUUUGUAUCAUUUUCAUCAAAUCUUAAUAAGAGUGUGUUUUGAAACA